AUGACGCAUUCUCACUUUCAAAAAUGGCGCAGCGUUAGAGAGAUUGUUGAGAACGUUAACAUACUAGAAAACUGUGUUGGUCUUUUACAGCCCAUGGAAAAAGUAACGUCCGGGCAUUCUGGCGAAUCGUAUCCGACGCUAUCGUGUACUAUACCAAUAGUCAGAGGUCUACAAAAUUCGCUUCACAAUAAGUCUCCAAAAACCGAAGCUGGAAGGCAUGUUCAGCGGUCGCUGCUGGAAGUCAUUGAUAAAAGAUUAAGUGUUUAUGAUUCCAACAGAACAGCAGCAAAGGCCACCUUACUGGAUCCACGUUUAAAAAAAAAAGGUUUUGGUGUAGAGAGCAAUGCUGAAAAUGCGGUUAAAUUUGUCCUUGAGGAAUUUGCUCAAUACCUGGUUCAACACCCACCAGUUGGGGAAGAUAAUCUGUUGCAGACUGUAUCUACGGCGCAAACUCUUACAGAUGGCCAUGAUGAUGAAAUCUGGGAGUUUUUUGACAGAAAACUCAUUGAAACAGUCACACAGCAAACACCAACAUUACCCGCUUCAAUAGUUUUAAAACAAUAUUUAGCUUUUGCCCUUCCUAGAUAG